AUGAGUAACCAGACGCAAAAGCUCAAGCCCGCGGCUCGAGUCCAGGGCCAGAAGAAGGAUGUUUGGUCCAUGAUCAAUGAGGCCGCUGCGUCUUCACCUAUCCAGCCUAUUGUGAACUUGGGUCAGGGGUUCUUUGGCUACAACCCUCCUGACUUCAUUCUUAACGCUGCCAAGGAGGCUUUGGAUCGUGUUGAGUGCAAUCAAUAUGCGCCUGCUAAGGGACGACCGCGGUUGAGGAAAGCCCUUGCGGAUGCGUACUCACCAUUCUGGAGGCGUCAGUUGGACCCUGAGACUGAUAUUAUCAUCACAACUGGUGCUAAUGAGGGUAUGCUGAGUGCGUUCAUGGGUUUUAUUGAACCUGGCGACGAGGUCAUCGUGUUUGAGCCUUUCUUUGAUCAAUACAUUAGCAACAUUCAAAUGCCCGGAGGCAAGGUCGUCUAUGUUCCCCUUCAUCCUCCCGAGACAGGAGCCACAAAGAACUCUUCUGCUGCAGACUGGACAAUUGACUUUGACGAGCUCGAGAAGGCCUUCACACCCCGCACCAAGAUGAUUGUCAUCAACACUCCCCACAACCCUGUAGGAAAGGUCUUUCACAAGGACGAGUUACAAAAGAUUGCCGAUCUGGCUGUCAAGCACCAGACUAUCAUUCUCUCAGAUGAGGUUUAUGACCGUCUUUUCUACGUGCCGUUUACGCGAAUUGCCAACCUUUCUCCCGAGGUGGAGAAGCUCACUCUCACUGUUGGAUCUGCUGGCAAGAACUUUUAUGCCACCGGCUGGCGUAUCGGCUGGCUGAUUGGUCCCCCAGAGCUGAUCCAGCCCGUCACUGCCGCUCACACCCGCAUCUGCUUCUCAACACCCGCCCCCUUUCAAGAAGCCGCCGCCAUUGGUUUCGAGCAAGCUGACAAGAAUGGUUUCUGGGAUGAGACCAUCAAGGAGAUGAAGGCAAAGGUCGACCGUCUCAACGAGGUAUUCGAGGAACUCAACCUACCCGUGACAUACCCCGAAGGCGGCUACUUCCUGCUUGUCAACAUGGCCAAGGUCAAGCUACCAGAGGACUACCCCUUUCCUCCUCACGUCGCAAGCCGGCCUCGAGAUUUCAAGCUGGCGUGGUUCCUCAUCCAGGAGAUUGGUGUUGCGGCUAUUCCUCCUACGGAAUUUUAUACUCCGAACAAUGCGCACUUGGCGGAGGAUUAUAUCCGAUUUGCUGUGUGUAAGAAUGAUGAUAUCUUGGAGCAGGCUAAGGAGAGGCUGAGGGGGCUGAAGAAGUACAUUCAAGAGUAG